CCCGAGCCUCGGCGGCGGCGGCGGCGGCGGCGACGGCGGCGGCGGCGGCGGCGCUGACACCUCCCACCAUGGACAGCUUCGACUUAGCCCUGCUCCAGGAAUGGGACCUCGAGUCGCUGUGGGGUGAAGACAUCUUAAACCAGAGGAGUGACUCUCUAGUUGUGGAAUUUCAGUCGUCAGCCAGCAGAUGCAGGAGUGUCUAUGAACCAGAUAGAAACGUGUUACGGAGGAAAGAACGAGAAAGAAGAAAUCAGGAAACUCAGCAGGAUGAUGGCACGUUUAAUUCAAGUUACUCCCUCUUUAGUGAACCCUACAAGACGAACAAGGGGGACGAGCUCUCCAACCGGCUCCAGAACACUUUAGGCAAUUACGAUGAAAUGAAAGACUUUUUGACGGAUAGAUCGAAUCAGAGUCACCUCGUUGGCGUUCCCAAACCUGGGGUUCCUCAGGCUCCUGUGAACAAGAUUGACGAGCAUUUUGUGGCAGAGUCAAGAGCCCAGACCCAGCCUGCAUCUGUCUGUAGCACCACGUCCUCCGCCCCGGCGGUGGUCCCUGGGCAGCAGAGUAAGAGGGGCGCCGUGGGCUGGCAGAAGGCCGGGCACCCACCGUCCGACGGCCAACAGAGAGCAACACCACAGGGCUCUCUCAGGACCUUGCUUGGAGAUGGUGUUGGCAGACAGCAGCCGCGGACCAAACAGAUGUGCAGCAUCGAGGUGGGUCUUCAGACCCAGGACAGGCCGCCUGCUAUGGGAGCCAAGCACAGCGGCAGCGGCCACUGUGUCCAGAACUUUCCUCCAUCCCUGGCUUCGAAACCUAGCCUCGUCCAGCAGAAACCGACCGCCUACGUGCGGCCGAUGGAUGGCCAAGACCAGGCUCCCGAUGAGUCUCCGAAGCUGAAGUUGUCCGCAGAGGCCGGCGUGCACUGUGCGCCGUACAGGGGAGCCUCAGCCCCCAAGCCGGAGUCCGCCAGGGCCAAGGCCAAGCUUUCCAAGUUCGGCGUCCCCAAGCAAGGAGAGGAGAGUAGAUCUGGAGAAACCAACAGCUGUGUUGAAGAGAUAAUUCGGGAGAUGACCUGGCUUCCACCACUUUCAGCUAUUCCAGCACCUGGAAAAGUGGAAGCGAGCAAAUUUCCAUUUCCAAAUAAGGACUCUCAGCUCACUUCCUCGGGACACAGUAAUCCAAAGAAAGGUGAUGCUGAACCAGGGAGCCCAGACAAUGGGACAUCGAAUACAUCAAUGCUAGAAGAUGACCUUAAGCUAAGUAGCGAUGAAGAGGAAAAUGAACAGGCAGCCCAGAGAACGGCUCUCCACGCUCUGUCUGACAGUGCCGGGCUCCCGCAGGCCAACUGCAGGGCCUCCGUGCCCUCCAGCAAGGGCAGCAGCAGCAGCAGCGGCAGCAGUUCCUCCAGCGACUCGGAGAGCAGCUCGGGAUCUGACUCAGAGACCGAGAGCAGCUCCAGUGAGAGUGAGGGCAGCAAGCCUCCCCACUACUCCAGCCCUGAGGCCGAACCAGCGUCCUCUAACAAGUGGCAGCUGGAUAAAUGGCUAAACAAAGUUAAUCCCCACAAGCCUCCUAUCCUGAUCCAAAAUGAAAGCCACGGGCCGGAGAGCAAUCAAUACUACACCCCGGUGAAGGACGACGCGCCAGACUGCGGGAAGCUUCCCGACAACGUCUGCCCGCCCAGCCUGAGAGACAAGGACAUCAAGGGCGCCUGCAAGGAGGAACAGAGGCCGAGGACCGCGAACAAGGCCCCGGGGAGCAAAGGGGUGAAGCAGAAGUCCCCGCCCGCGGCCGUGGCCGUGGCCGUGACCGCCGCCGCCGCCCCGCCGCCCACGGUGGCCGGCGCGCCCGCCGAGAGCGUGCCCGCGCCCGCCCGGAGGUCCGCGGGCAAGAAACCCACCCGGCGCACCGAGAGGACCUCGGCCGGCGACAGCGGCCACCGGCCCGAGGAGCCCGCAGCCGCGGACGCGCUGGGGGCGAGCGCGGGGAUCCCCCCGGAGCCCCCCAAGCCCCGGCCCUGCGGCCCCAGUAGGACCGUCCACCGCAAGGAGCUGCGCUCGGCCAUAACCUGCGAGAAGCGCCGCACGCGGGGGCUGAGCCGGAUCGUCCCCAAGUCCAAGGAGUUCAUUGAGACGGAGUCGUCCUCUUCGUCCUCCUCCUCGGACUCGGACCUGGAAUCGGAGCAGGAGGACGACCCUCUGUCCAAGGCCGCUGCCGCCUCCGGGAGCGACCCGAGGCUGAAGGAGGCCGCCAACAGCAUCGGCGGUGGUGGCGGCCCCCGGGCCCCUGUGGGCUCUAUCAACGCCAGGACCACCAGCGACAUCGCCAAGGAGCUGGAGGAGCAGUUCUACACCCUGGUCCCCUUCGGCCGCAACGAGCUCCUCUCCCCGUUGAAGGACAGUGACGAGGUCAGGUCACUCUGGGUCAAAAUUGACCUGACCCUCCUGUCCAGGAUCCCAGAACACCUGCCCCAGGAGCCGGGGGUCUUGAGCGCUCCCGCGGCAAAGGACACUGAAAGCGCCCCCCAGAGCCAUGCAUCCGACGCGCCCGCAGAAAAGGCUUUGCCAAAAUCCAAGAGGAAACGCAAGUGUGACAGCGAAGAUGAUUACCGGGAGAUCAAGAAGGCCCAGGGAGAGAAGGAGAGCUCUUCACGACUCGCUGCCUCUGCCGGCAGUGCUUUGUCCGCCAACCACUGCAGCGUGAACGUCAGCAGCUUGGCAAUCCCAAUAAAUAAAAAUGAGAAAAUGCUCCGGUCACCCACCUCACCCCUCUCCGACGCAUCUAAACACAAAUACUCCGGCGAGGACCUGACUUCCCCCAGCAGGUCCAACAGCAAUGGUUUGUUCACUUCCGCCUCGUCCAGCAAAAAGCAUAAGGCUGAGAACCAGCUGCAGACCCAUGGUGGAGACCUCACGAAAGCGGCUCACAGCAAUUCCGAAAACGUUCUCCACAAGUCACGGCCACAGACAGAGCCGUGGUCUCCAGGCUCCAACGGCCACAGGGACUGCAAGAGGCAGAAACUCAUCUUCGAUGACAUGCCACGCAGUGCAGAUUAUUUUAUGCAAGAAGCUAAGCGAAUGAAGCAUAAAGCAGAUGCAAUGGUGGAAAAGUUUGGAAAGGCUCUGAACUAUGCUGAAGCAGCCUUGUCAUUCAUUGAAUGUGGAAAUGCAAUGGAGCAGGGCCCAAUGGAGUCCAAAUCUCCUUAUACAAUGUAUUCAGAAACAGUUGAGCUCAUCAGAUACGCUAUGCGACUAAAAACCCACUCAGGCCCCAAUGCCACACCAGAGGAUAAACAGCUGGCAGCAUUAUGUUACCGAUGCCUGGCUCUCCUGUACUGGCGGAUGUUUCGACUCAAAAGGGAUCACGCUGUAAAGUAUUCAAAAGCACUUAUCGACUAUUUCAAGAAUUCAUCUAAAGCUGCCCAAGCCCCAUCUCCAUGGGGGGCCAGUGGAAAGAGCACUGGCACCCCAUCCCCCAUGUCUCCCAACCCCUCCCCCACCAGCUCCGUGGGAUCUCAGGGGAGCCUCUCCAAUGGGAACGCCCUGUCCCCAUCAACCAUCGUCAGCAUCCCACAACGCAUCCACCAGAUGGCAGCCAACCAUGUCAGCAUCACCAACAGCAUUCUCCACAGCUAUGACUACUGGGAGAUGGCGGACAACCUGGCCAAGGAGAACAGAGAGUUCUUCAAUGACCUGGACCUGCUCAUGGGACCAGUCACCCUGCACAGCAGCAUGGAACACCUGGUCCAGUACUCCCAGCAGGGCCUGCACUGGCUGCGGAACAGCACCCACCUGACAUAGGGACCCCGCCUUCGGGCUGGAGGGCACUCUUGUCUUCACGGACGGCUCAGCAUUUCCGGACACUGUGCUCCUGAAGUUCCCAGCCACAGAAUUUCUCAAACGGCGAGAGUCUCCCAUUUGAACAUAGAAUGUCUGUCAUCAUUUUUUUCUAUUUGAAGACAUUAUUUCCUCAGAAGUUCAGUUCAAGUUCAACUGGCCUUAUCCCUCUGUGACCUGAACGGACCUGGAUUGCAAUUGUUAGAGUUAUCUUUGAAAGAGAGGAACCCAAAUGUAUUCCCGAUCAAAAUGUGGGAUUCGUUACCAUUCGACACAGAUCAGACCAAUGUACAGAAUUGUGCUUGGAAAGAGAGGUUCGGUUAAAACACAUUUCUGGAAACUUUCAAAUCACAAAGGGAAACCCGGACCCACUGUCUAAAGAGGAAUGUACUGGAAAAAAGAAAUCUGAAGAGUUGACAAAUUGUGUACUAGAUCGGACACAUAGAACCAAUGCAAUGAGCCUUCUGCAGUAAAACGUACCCUCGUAUCUGCAACAAUGGUGUGUGUAUUAUAUAACAGUGAUGUGUACAUUUCCGACAUCCCAUACAUAAUACACCGUUUGUAUAAAUGCAUACGUUUAAAAAUAUAUAUGUACAAUACAGCUAACGUAAAACUGUAGUGCACCUGAAGGAUAUGACUAGUGCCUAAUAUUGAGUAUAAGUCAUUACGUGUUCAAAUCACCUCAGAAGUGCAGUAAUUGUUAUCAGAUUAAUCAGUGCAGCCAACCUUAUUUAUGAACCACAUCUUUGAA